AUGAUUGUGUCUGGAUCGUUGGGGUCUCAAAUACUACCGGAAAUUCAAGCAUGGCCACAAUUGGAAUCCGUAUAUGUUUUCUGUGUCAAUAAAUCGGUUCAUGAACAAUGGGCCAGUACAAUAGCCAAAGUAAAGGGUGUGCAUACACAAAUUGAUCCGAUUUAUAAAGCAAUACAAAUUGAUCAUGAACAUGGUGAUCGAGCCACGACCUCGAUCAAUUUUAAUGGUAUUGAUACGUUAUUUACUUAUACGCAAUUAUUAAAAGAGACACUUUUGGAAAUUGAAGAUGACAAUAACGAGUCAAUCAAAGAAUUUGUUGAUUACUGUCGUCGUCAAGAUACUAUUGCUGAAGACCAAAUCGACAAAGUUGAGCACGAAUAUAGCCAUCAUACACCAAUUUGGUGGUACACAGCACCUUAUUUUCUGUACUCUACGCUCAAUCAUGGUCUUCGACUAAUGGAUGUCGACAUUAUAGUCAAAAUGAUUUUUUUUAUUCGACACUUGCACCAACAUAUUGAAAAACUAUACCGGAAACAGCAAUCAAACAAGAAUGCCAUGGAUCCAUUUCAAGUUUUCCGAGGACAAGGUUUAUCUGUCGAAGAUUUUUACAAAAUGAAACAAACCAAAGGUGGUUUCAUGUCGUUCAAUAGCUUUCUUUCAACAAGUCGUAAUCGCGAAGUUUCCUUUGAAAAAUUUGCACGGCCACCAGCAAUCCGUAAUCCCAAUUUAAUUGGUAUACUCUUCGUUAUGACCAUUGACCCAACCUUAUGUGCAAAAUCAUCAAUUCCAUUUGCUGACAUAACCAACCAAGGCUUCUUCGAAGUUUGUGAAGAAGAGAUACUUUUUACAACACAUACAAUUUUUCGAAUUGAUCAGAUUCAACGUAUCCACGACGAUCAUACUGAUCGGCUGUGGCAAGUUAAUCUCACCCUUAUGGGUAAUGACAAUGAUGAUUUGAACAAUCUUACCGAAAACAUAUACCCAGAGCUUAGUCGGGCAACAGGAUGGUCUCGAUUUGGUUCGAUACUUAUGAAACUUGGUGAGUCUUCGAAAGCAGAAAAACUCUAUAAGAUUCUCCUAGAAAUGACAUUGUCCGAUAAAAAUCGAGGCGAUUACAACAAUCAACUUGGUUUCGUGUAUUAUAAGAUGGACGAAUACUCGAAAGCACUUUCAUCGUACGAACAAUCACUUGAAAUCCGGAAAAAAACUCUACCUCCGAAUCAUUCUGAUUUAGCUAUUACCUACAACAGCAUCGGCAAUGUGUAUAGAAACAUUGGCGAGUAUUCGAAAGCGCUCUCAUUCUACGAACAAUCACUUGAAAUUCAGAAAAUAGCUCUACCUCCGAAUCAUCCCGCUUUGACUGUUGUCUACGACAAGAUCGGUAACAUGCAUAAAAACGUGGGCGACUUUUUAAAAGCAAUUUCAUCGUACCAACAAGCACUUGAAAUCAAAAAUACAGUUCUUCCUCCUAAUCAUCCCAACUUCGCUCAAUCUUACAAUGACAUCGGUAGCGCGUAUCAAAAUUUGCGCGAGUACUCGAAAGCACUUAAAUCGUUCGAACGAACACUUGAAAUCUGGAAAACAGUUCUCCCUCAGAAUGAUUCCGAGUUGGCUACUUCCUACAACAACAUCGGUGUAGUGUAUUAUAACAAGGGCGAGUACUCGAAAGCACUCUCAUUUCUCGAAAAAGCAUAUGAAAUCGAUCAAAAGACUCUUCCUCCAAAUCAUCCGCAUAUCGCACAAUCAAAAAAAAACAUUGAAAAUAUAAAAAAGAAAUUGUAA